CUUCAGCACAAGAAAAACAACUGAAAUGGUGUCUGUUUUAAACAGCGAAUAUUGGUAGAUACAUCGAUAUUUAGGUACGUUUUAGCUUUAAGUUUCCAACAUUGUUAUGAAUUAACUUGCACGAUUUUUAAUAUUAUUCGAUCCGUUAGUUUACAAACAUAGUUUUAUGGCCGAAUUGGCGAAUUCAUGGCCCAAAAAAUUGCAAAAAUCGAGUUGAAAAAUGUACCAUGAAUUUCAUGCCGAUCAUGCAAUUUGAAUGCAUAUAUAUUUUAUCCACGAUUUCUUUAUUUCUUCCAGAAUUAUGGUCAGUGAGGAAAGAGUACCCGCAGAUGUAAGUUAGUAAAGCUGGACGUAAAUAAUUUAUUGUUUAUAUUCAAGCACAGCAUGUAUUUUCUGAAGUUCAUUGAAAUUAAUUCGGCACUUCAAAAUGGCAGAGAAAAUGCCGAUUUAGCUCCUACAAGUUGAGUUUUACUGCGUAAAUCAAGCAUACAACCCACCCACGACAACGUAGGUGAAUUGUAUGUUUGAUUUACACCAACGGUUUUCAACUGGUUUUCUCAUGUGUCCCCGAUUUCGCAUGAUUGAAUUACCACGUCCCCUGAACAGAAAUUGCAUGCCCACUGAAGUCUAUCAAAAACACAAAUUUCGAAAUAGUUAGUAAAAUAGUAAAUGAUUUAAAUUUUAAAUAAUAGAUAGAAAGUCAAGCAAACAUGUUUAUAGUACAAACUAUUGUAUUCAACUAUUGUAUUCAACUAUUGUUUUCUCAGUCCUAGACCAGUUUGUGUCCCCUAGGAAUUUGCCAAAUGUCCCCUCUCGGGGACAUGUCCCCCAAGUUGAAAACCGUUGAUUUACACAAUGGGACUCAAGUUGUAAGCAGGUUGCAUGCGACAGUUUUAGGCAAAAGUUGUGUAGUACUGUAUAGUGUUAAAAUCGGCCUAAAAUGUCAGUUUAAAAUUGAAAAUAUAUAUCGCUUGUUAAAUGAUAGCACCUCAAAUUAAUGAAAACUAUAAAUGACAUAAUAGCUAAAUAGCAGUGGGAGAUUGGAUGUUGUGCUGUUUUGUUGCAAUUUUAAAUGAGAAUUAUGACAAAAAGAGUGAAGAUUUAAUUUCCAAGAAUAUAGUUUUUCACUCAUUGUGAGGCCUAAGAAAAAUACCUGUGGUUCCGGUUUCAUAUCGUGAAAAAAUUAGGGUCGGUAGGUCGGAAAUUUUUUUUUCGAAAUAUUUUUUUCACGGUUUUGGCGUUUUUUUUGCUGGGCAAUUUCUAGUAGAGUUCCGACAUCAAUAUUAACUAGAGAUGCGUAUUUCCCAUGGACGAAUUUAGGCAAUUUGGCUCAAUAAUUAUUGUGACAACAGACGCCAUUUUGGCAUGCUGUAUGAGCAGCCCGCAACCACCCAGUAAAUCACAUUGAAAAAAUAAUAGGGUCGGCAGAAAAUAAUAGGGUCGGUCGGGAACCGGAAGCACAGGUAUUUUUUUAGGCCUGAGGGGAUUAAUAAUUCCCAAAUGGGUAAUCCAAGACAAUGCGAAAGUUGAUGUUAAAUAUGUAAAGGUAGCAAUUCUCUCCUCAAUUAUUUUAAGACCUAGCUUGAGCAGAAGUCCGACCGAGGAUAAUGAACUUGGUCUCCCAGCUUGAAAGGCAAGAAUGGCAACCACAACGCCACAAGUGCUGGUUGUACUGGUGUCCCAUUAGUAGGGAUGCACCGGAACUGGUUUUUUAAGUUCCGGCCGGAACCGGAUCCGACCGGAACUGGAAAAAAGUUCCGGCCGGAAGUUCUGGCCGGAACCGGAACUAAUUUAUUAAGCCAUAUAUAGUCAUAUGUUACUUUGUCCGCUGCCAGACAAGCAGACACUUCAAAUCAUCAAGUAGAGAGUUCGCAAAUGUCAGAAUAAAAAGACUGACAAACGUUAAACGUCAUAAUGAAGUGUUAAUAGUGUACAUUUCCCUUGCGUAGUCCAACUUUCUUCCUACUGUGACCUUUUGUUAGACACAAAAAGUUUUAUAUUCUAUCUCCCUGAAAACGACAGAGUUCCGGUUCCGGCCAUGCUUUUUUUACUAUAGUUCCGGCCGGAACCGGAACUCUAAAAAAUCGGGGUUCCGGCCGGAACUAACCGGCCGGAACCGAGUUCCGGUGCACCCCUACCCAUUAGCAGUUGUGAAAACAGCUAGCUAAUGUAAGUAUAUAUGGAUACAUGAUCAUGAUCAUGGUAAUUUCAAUUGUAUUUUGCAGCAAGCGUCAGUGAGUAUCAAGCAUAUUGAGGACAGGAUAAGAAAUGCUGUGAAUGCAAAGAAAGUUAGAUGUACCGAAUAUUUCAAGGAUUAUGACAGAUUGAGAACAGGAUAUAUUACAAGUAAGCUGACAGCUUCAUAUUGUACUAGUUAGGGGAGGGGCAUAGAUGGUUGUGAGAAUGUCAGCACCGAUCCUACCUGCACUGGGUUGAAAUUUUAAUUCUUUAGUUGCCUAUAAGUGCAUGGAUACCAGUGAAUAAGUCUGCGAGAUUGCCAAAUUUAAUAUCAUGUCUUCCGAUAUCACACUCACUCUGGAGCCCCUGUCACCAUGAGGGCUACCUUUGCAUUGUAUUGGAUUUUUAUUUCACAUCCCUUAAUUAAAAGGCUUUUCAGCAAAAUUUUACAUGAGUGAUCUAAACACCAUAAUAAUAGAGACAUACACAUAACAACACACUGUCACACCCACACACAUGGUCGUACUACACAAAUAUAAUAUAUGCUAUUCACCUCAAGAUUUUUUAAGAUUGGUCCUAAAUGUUUCUACAAGUCUCUGUUUUAAAAUAUUUUUGAAGUCUUUUGUUGUUUCGCAGGCCCUUAUAGCUUUUGGCUAAUAUUUGGAACUUUAAAAAUGCGACCUGGCGCCUGCUCAUUUCAACCCAGUGAUUGCGAAAGUCAGCAUAUUAAUUAUUUCAGUCUGCUGUUUGCUAAUAAUUACUAAUACUUCAUUCAGGGGUGCAUGUUCAACAAAUUGCUGGGGGGGGGUGCAAUAUGGGACCGAUGUUCUGGUUCUCUACAAUUAACAGACAAAUUCUGUUGCAUGUGGAUUAAAUACCGCUUAUGGCAAAAAAUCGGGACCAACGUUUGAUACAGAUGUCUCAAAGAAAGUUGGGACCAACUUUUUGUGAUUUUUGAAUGCUGGGGGGGGGGGGGGCUCCCCUCUAAUGUGCACCUCUGAAACAAUGCAUAAAAAAUAUAUUUAUCAGACCUACCCGCCCUAAUUGUUUCAGUAUGUGAAACUAGAACCAUGGGAUAUAUUUCAGUUUAAUUAAAAUUGAAAACUUUGUUUGUAUAAUUUGUAUAUCAUUGGGAAGAUGGUCUGAAUGGCAAAAUAUGUAUUUGAGGUACCACUUUCCAUGUGAUUAUAGUAAUUCCUCGCUCAAUAAUUAUUUCUUUUAUUGUACAGGUGCCCAAUUUGAAAGAUGUCUUGACCAGUUAUUCUCUGUGCAAUUGAGUCAGCCUGAAACUCAAGUUUUGUUGUCCAAAUAUGGCAAUAAUCCACAGCAAAGAGGAAUGGUGUGUUAUCGGGAUUUCUGUGCCGCUAUUGAUGCAAGUGAGUCCAGCAGUGUUGCAACUAUCAUAAAUUAUUUGUUUUGCAAAUAAUGAGGCUUCAUUAGCACAAUCAUCAGAGCAAAUGCCUUUCACUUCUGAGAUUGUGGGGUCACUUCAAAGUCGUCGG